GGUAAUUGAAACCAACCCUAAGCUCCUUGUUUCCCCGUUUCAAAGGUAACCCCGAUUAUUGCUGACUUAAGCAUCGGAGUGUCUACCCCGAGGAUCCACCUCGGGGCUUUGCAGGUUAAUCCAGAGUGCAGAUACAGACUGAAGAAGGACUUCCGGUUUGGUGCAGUUACACAACCCCCCUUUCUCCGGAAUCAACCAAAGAACCCCCCAAAAUCAACUCCAAACUCCAACCAAAGUAAACUCCAAAACUCCACAAUCAACCAAAGAACCCCCAAAAUCAAACUCCAAACUCCACCCCCUUCCUUUACUCUGCUUUUGCCCUAUAUAUAUAGCCAAGCAACAAAAUGAAAUAAAAAUGAAAAAAAAGCAGUCACCAAUGAUGCCAAUUUUGUCUGCUAUCGGCUGUUUUCUUCUGUAUGGCUGUAGUGUGCAGGAGGCAGGGGCGUAGCAGGGGCACAGGCAUAGCAGAGUGCAGGCGAUAUGGUGCAGGGCAAGGGGGUCUGAGUGCAGGCUCAGUGCAGGCAAGCAGUAGGGGAUCUGCAGCAGGGGGCGCAGAGCAGGAUCGGUGCAGCAAGCGGUUGGCGCAGAGCAAGGGGAUCACAGGAUUGGGCGCAGAGAAGGGAGCAGGGGCGCAGGCGCAGCAUGUAGCAGUAGGGGAUCUGCAGAGGAGGGUCGGUGCAGGCGAGGGGGGGCAGCAAGCAAGCAAGCUCAGGCGGGUGCAAGGCUGGUUCGGGUGUGUGGAGGAGCAAGGCAAGGUUCGGGUGUGUAAAAGGGCGUGGAGCAGGGCUUAGUGAGGAAGAAGGUUCUGGAGAGAAGGAAAGCAAAGACCUUGCCAUUUUUUUUUAUUUCCCUUUUAUUUUUUAUUUUUAUUUUUAUUUUUAUUUUUUUGGAGAUUGAGUUUUUGGGUAGUUGGGUUUUGGGUAAUUGGGUUUAAGUGUUUGGGUUUUAGGUAGUUGGGUUUGAGUAUUUGGGUUUUGGGUAAUUGGGUUUGUAAUUGGGUUUUGAUGAUUUAAUGGGCUCAAUUGAAAUGGGUUGGUGUUGAGUUUGCAACUUUGAUGAAUUUCACCCUUAAACUUUUGAUUCCUUCGAUUGAAUCCUUUCUCGAGUUUCUUUUUCCAUUUUCUUCUUGAGUUUCUUUUUGUACAUAGCACUUGAAAUAAAAUAGAGAUAUAUUA